AUGAACACACUCUCUACCUCUGAAGAAUCAAACCCGCACCUAGAUACGCCGCACUCCCAAUCCACCCCCGAAACAACACCCGAUCAAGGCACCCACCUCCCACAACACGGUUUCAUCCUGCCGGACAGCACCCACAUCCUCACCAACGCCCUCUACUUCGACGACUGGCUCCACAAAGCCCUCCACACAACCCAACUGCACAACCUGCACCGCCUGCUGAAUAUCAACAUCCCGCGCCCAGAGCUCAACGGUAGCAUCCACGCCGUGCGCUGGCAGGACUACUCUCUCCAACUAAAAGACUGGCUCGCGCGCAGCAUGUCCUCCGAGCUCUACGACCAGAUCGCCUCAUCGGGCCGCCCCAUCGGUCUGGCGGACGAAUUCAUCGCCGCCGCGCGGUCGACUUUCCAGCGUCCCGACAUGGCAUCUACCACAAGCUUUGUGAAUGCCGUUCUCUACGCGCGUCGUGCGGAUUUCCCGUCUGCGGCUCGAUACCUUGUUGCCACCAGGGAGGCGUACCGGUUGUGUUUUCAGCGGAAGAUUGAUAUCAAGCCCUAUCUUGUGCUGUCGAGGGUGUGGAGUGAGCUGAGGGGUGAGAUUCCGGAUUUGGUCGAGAUGCAGAUUGGCGCUGUUGAAUCCAAGGGCGGGAAUGUUUGGGAGGACGUUGGUGUUAAGGAUUUUAUGGACAGCUGUGCGGUCAUUCUGAGCCAUUUGAAGUUUUUGGAGCAGGUAAGGGUGGUCAUGAGUGAUUUUGUAGAGGAUGGCCAGUUCUGA